CCCACAUUUACUCGACAGCAGCAACCGCUGACAAGGCUGCCACCUGGAAUACAAGUUCACCACUUUGAAAGCGUCUCCUGCUCACUGUGGCCAUGACUGAAAGCUUUGAGAAAGCAGCGAGCGAGGCGAAGAAACUGAAAACACAGCCUAACCGUGAAGAAGUGAAUGAGCUGUAUGGCUUAUACAAGCAGGCCACGAAUGGGGACCUUGAGUCUGAGCGUCCAGGGAUAUUAGACAUCUUGGGAAGACGAAAAUGGGAUUCGUGGAUGGGAAAGAAAGGUCUGUCCAAAGAAGAGGCAAUGGCUGCCUACGUUGAAUUGGUGGAGAAGCUGAAAAGAAAAUACGGAAUCUAAAAUCUUGUUCUCACAAAUAAGUAUCAUUUUCUUUGUAAUGUUGGAGCCCAUUUGAAAAAUAAUGCAAUGCCAAAUUUUUUAUUGAUUGAUUCUAUUGAUUUGUAUUCUGAAAUCGAAGCUCGAGUCAAUCGUAUGGUAGCCCUCAAAUUUCAAUCGUAUCAUAUUAAAAAUAGAUCCACAUUUGUACAGACAAUUGUCAUCCAAAGACUAUUUUGUGGGCCUCUUUUACUUGUA